UCAAGAUGGCAGCCAAGCGGAGACGCUGAGAGGAAAGCGGCCCGAAAAAGCGCGCGUGUGUGUGUGCGUGUCACGACCGGGAGCGUGCGUCGUUCGACGGGCGCCGUUCGGCCCCUGCAACCCCCGGCCCGACCGCCAUGCGACACUGGGACUGCCAUACGGACGGGCACAGCGGCGUCAACCAGCUCGGAGGCGUGUAUGUCAACGGGCGGCCACUGCCGGACUCGACGCGACAGAAGAUCGUCGAGCUGGCGCACUCCGGGGCCCGGCCGUGUGACAUCUCGCGCAUCCUCCAAGUCUCCAACGGAUGCGUCUCCAAGAUACUCGGAAGGUACUACGAGACGGGCUCUAUCCGGCCGCGAGCGAUCGGUGGCAGCAAGCCGCGCGUGGCGACCCCGGACGUCGUGGGCAAGAUUGCAGCGUUCAAGCGCGAGUGCCCCUCCAUCUUCGCCUGGGAGAUUCGAGACCGGCUACUCUCCGAAGGCAUGUGCUCCGGCGACAACGUGCCCAGUGUAUCCUCCAUCAACCGGGUGCUUCGCAACCUGGCGGCGCAAAAGGAGCAGCAGCAGGCGGCCGUGCAGGGCGUGUACGACAAGCUGCGCGUGCUGAGCGGAGCCUCCCCGCUGAGCUCUGCGGCGGCCGCAUGCUGGGGUCCGUGGCAGCCCGCGCAGCCGACGCCCACGCAACCACAGGGUCCACUGGCCGCGGCCGUGGCGGCGGCCGCAGCAGCCUCGACCACGCUGCAUGCGGUGCAGCAUAACAAAGCCACCGCAGAGCUGGACCCGGAGUCCCAAGAGAGUGGCGAUGACGAUGCGGCGGCACGUUUGCGACUCAAGCGCAAGCUUCAACGGAACCGAACCUCUUUUUCCAUGGAGCAGAUAGAGGCGCUAGAGAAAGAAUUCGAGCGCACCCACUACCCCGACGUCUUCGCGCGGGAGAGGCUAGCCGCCAAGAUCGACCUGCCCGAGGCACGUAUUCAGGUCUGGUUCUCGAACCGGCGGGCCAAGUGGCGGCGCGAGGAAAAGCUACGCAGCCAGCGACGCGACGGCAAUGGAGGCAGCGGCGGCGGCGCGACCGGUCUCGGCACCGGAUGUAGUCCUCCACGACCGAGUCCCGGCUAUGCAAGCCCGCUCUACCCGUCCCUACACGCGCCGUCCGGGUGCGGAGGGGGCACCGGCGGCGUCGUGCCCGACGUGUACGGCAGCGGCUCGCCGGCCACGGGCUACGCGGCUGCCGCGGCGGCGGCUGCGGCGGCCGCGUCGUGCCUUCAGCAGCAACAACAGCAUCACCAGCAGCAGCAACAGCAACACCAGCAGUCGCACCACGGCUCGGCGACGGUGCCACCACCGCCCACGUCGCCGUACGCGCCUUGCGUGCUGGGCCCGUCGGGAGGCGCGGCGACAGCCGCAAGGUCGCCGUACGACUCGAUCACGGGCCCCUACCCGUCCAGGCCUUCGCAUCUCAACGCUCAGCUGGCCGGAGCCGGAUCCACGGGGCUCAUCUCUCCGGGCGUGUCGGUGCCCGUGCAAGUGCCCGGCCACAACAGCGGCGACCACCUGGCGUCCAGCUACUGGCCUCGGAUCCAGUAGGCGCCGCCUGACUCUGCGGCAGAGGCGAACGGACGCAUGCCCCAGCGGCUGGGAUACUUCUGAUGAUGACCGGGGCGCUACAAAACGCUACACCGGGAUCAUCAUCAUCGUCGUCCUGCAUAAAGAAAGUUCUGAAUUGGAAGCGAAGCACAGUUCGGCACUGCAUUCGUCUCGUGGAGGCGAGGUCAUUUCCUGCUCAUAUCGCGCAAAAAAAAAAAAAAAAAGAAAAGUGCUUUCGCGUGCCUUGUUGCGCCAUGGCUGUGCUUCCGCACAGCUCCAGCACCUGUAACAAAACUAAUGCCGUUCGCACGGUAUAACAGACAUUCGGUUCGAAAUCGAAAUCUUAAAGACGGCUUGUGUUUGCAAUUUGUAUAUCGAAGCACGAGACAAGGAAAUAUUUCAUAAUUCCUAAUAAUUCGUAAGGGGUGGCGCAUUUUUCUGCACUUGAACGUUCGAUCCGUUGUCAUCCAUGUAACGAGAAGACCGUGCAGUCACGUUGUGGAGGUCGGCCAGAUAUGCUGUGCAUGGGCUUCCACGUGAACCGAACCACCAUGCCGACUUCGAGAGAUAAAGUUAAAUAAGGAAUGGCGCUUAUAAGUGAAAAAAGAGGUAAAAGCCGUCCCCUCCCAAUUCAUUUUUUCUCGGUCAUCAACUAAAUCAAAGUAUAGAGCUUCUAAUCGAACCACAACCGCCGUGGCCUAUACACACGUGUGUGAUAUGUCCGCGUUGCGUCCGUCCAACCACAUUUGGGCCCUCGCUUUCGUUCAGCCGCCUCCGCCCCCUUUACCCAUCCUCUCCUCCGUGCGCUGCCGAACUGUGCUCCAACUCGGACGUGAAGUUUGCUUCAAGCCAUCUUUGCACGUUCAACCACCGUCGCCUCAAGAGGACGAACAGUAAAAGCCGCAGAGUCUGGGCGGCUCUCACUGGCAUCCGCCGCCUACGACAUUCCACGGACAGGCAAGACGUCACCAUGAGGACAGUGCAGGGUGUGCUCGUCGCCUGAACCUCCCUUGUGCUGUGAAACUAUAUAUAUUGGACCGACGACGAAGAAACCCACGGAGUGACAAUUGUGCGUGUGCUUUGCGCAGUUUUCGUUUGUGAUCCGUCUGACGAAAGCCGUCGAAUCGAUUUUCUGCUCCGACUCACCGCACAUCGAGACGUCGUACUGGGAUGACGCUUCAGCUGCCGGUUUAAUGACGUGAUCGGUGAACUCGAUGCGGGAUGAGAGAAAGUAAGAAUUGAGAGUUAGGAGAUGCACUUUAUAAACUUUAUUCAGAAGCCCGUGAUUGCGCAAUGAUGGCGAGAGAAUCUUGUAGUCAUAUAAAAAAACAAAACAAAAAAAACACAAGGAUUGAACAGCCUCUUCAUUCCUGGAUUUGUCACAUGUUCGCACGAUAUAAUUGAAUGAAGGACAUUUUUAAAAGGCUAUUUUAAUGGCACUCGAGACAGUCGAAUGUGGAGACUUUCGCGCUCGUAGCAUAUACUUCUUGGCGUCCUGUUUUUGCGGAAACUUUAUUCGUAAAGAUAUACGCAGUUAGGACCAUAUAUAGGUCUUCUGAAAUAUCAUUGAGCGUUUCCUGAUCAUCAAAACACGAAAAAGCAGACCCAGUAAAAAGUAUAGGAUAACUGUCAACAUAUGAAUUCUGAACCUGUGCUCUGACCACUUGUUUAGCAAGCAAUGCCCUUCCAUUCGAAGAAUGAACAAAGAAAUAUACAUAUUGCCGCUAUGGUUGUGAAUAGGUGCAACACAUUUGUAAGCACGUAUAGUCAUUCCUCAUCAGUCGGCAUAGCGGAUCAGGAAUAUGUUCGAACUUAGAAACGAAUUAAGCGGUGAGAAACGAAAAGUCGAGUCCUCAGAAAACAUCAUACGUGAAACAAUAUGACCAUGCAUGCUCCUCAGCUUGUAGUACAUAAAUAAGGAUCUUCUGUUGUGCCAGGACGGGAAAUGUAGCUAUUUAUACAGAAGACAGGUGCAAAGAGACACGCGUUUACCGCAUUUCAUUUCACUUUGUGUUUUUGCGUCUGUUUGCGCCAGCCUUCUAAUAGCAAACAGAGCCUGUGUUUAUAAUGUGGCAUUUCCUUAUGUCAUUUUCCGUUUGCGCUUCUAAAAGCUCAAGCUUGCAAGCAAUCCAAGGUUCUGUUCUUAUAUUUGCCACAGAUGGCCGAAUAGGCAGCUAAGUCGACAGCGCCCAUCUUAAGUCUCGUUCCAAUUCUGACGAAACUGACGAAGGAGGCAGCUUCUAAAUGAUAGAAUCGAAGUAAAAAAUAAAUAAAUGAUAUGCAGACUUCUAUGCUGUCCAAGAUGGCGGCUGCGCAGAGGGCUCGAAAAAUCGAUAGGAAGGUCGCCAGCUCACAGGGAAACAUAUACAUCAUUUCUUACGCGCCAAAUGCAGACGAAUUUCCGUUUCUAAUACGUUCGCACGCUCACGGCGAUAAAGUGUUCUUUUCGUUUGUUUUUUCAUCCAAAUUUCGACGCGAGGUGGCGUCACGUCGCAUAUAGAGACGUCUUCCAGGUGACUCCAGGUGUGCUCCGUCGCUUUGACUUAAAGGGGUCAUGAACCACUUUUCCAUGUAAUAAUGGAGUGACCUCAGUAUCGGGAGUUUAAGGCCACACGAAUCGAUUGCCGCAAAAAUUCCUCGAACCUGCCAAGAGAAAGAGGAGUUACAAUGGUUUGACGCGCGCUUUAAGCGCCUUCUCUCUUCUCUUGUCCCGACGAAAGCGCUGGAAGCUACACAGGGAGGGAUGGCACGGGGGAAAGAAAUUACGUCAUGCUAAUCAUGACCUUGAGCGCGCGUAGUGAAACGCGAUCGCUUUCUCCCAUUGCGAUUCCUGUGCGCGAGUGUGACUCACUGUGUAAUGUUAGCAGACUAUGGAGCGCUGCGCCGGCACGUGACAGCACCUCGUGGCAAGACGCGCAAAUGAUCGAAACGCGGCUCUUUAUUUAUGUUGUCUAUUGGCCAAUAGCACGCUAUCUGCCGUUCGACGUCAAAAAGCAGUCGCCGCCAGCACCGAAGAGAGCGAGCGCAGGCGUCUUUAGGAAACGAGGGCGCCUGAGAAAACGGCAACUUCGCGCUCCGCUUCUAAACUCUUUUUACCUCGCACGACUGCAUGAUUUGGCUGAGAUGUUCAUAGCAAUGCCUGCUAUCCGCAGGACGCGUUUUCUCACCAAGCUCGAUGGGUGGUUCGUGACCCCUUUAAAUCUGUCUUCAAAGCCGUCAAUGUAGACUAUUUACAAUGAUGUCCACUAUCGGGACGUAUCCAAAUCGUUAUCUAAUGGCAGAACAGCAACUAGAAGCAUGAGAACUGCUGACGCAGCGCACAGCCCGAUGUUGUAUACAGUGUCAGUCGACGAGUCAGAGGGUGAAAAAGAGUCAAACCGCAUGAUUUUUUUUUCAGAGCCGCGUAUACCUCAAGCAGUGAAUCGGAGGUGUGCAAAGACGUUCGAACAAGAGACUCUUGAACGUUUCUUUGUGCGCGUAUUUGUGUGUGCGCGCUGAUUGUGUGUUUUGAGUGAGCGGAAGAGACUGGUGAAGCAAGUUCCCCCGUGCUGCAGCAACGUGAUGCACUUUCUGGCGCGAACGCUCUAGUGCCUCGCAGUUUAAUAAAUAAACGCAUUUCAUCGUCACA